AGUUUCUCCAUUACAUAAUUUUUUAUGAUUGAUUUAAUUGUUAUCCUAUUUGGAGCGAUUUAGAUAGAGGGCCCAUUAGCAUGACUAUUCCGUCUACGUUAAAUGUCUUGUUUUUACUGUGCUACGCAUAUUUUUGUUACAAAGUGGAGGAUUACAUACUGUAGUUAUUUCAAAAUGAAACCAAUUGGAUAAUCACAUAAAAAAUAAAACAUAGACAACCUUGACCUUUUUCUAAUAUAAGUUGUUCUUUUACAUGAGACUUGUUUAAUCAUUAAUUUUUUAGUUUCAUUUCAUGAGGCACUACAAUGUAUUUUUUUAUCUUGGUUCACUCUUUGAUCUUUUACAAAUCUGACUUGUUUUGAUCCACCCUGUAAAAACUAUUUAAAUACACAAACAUUUGAACUUUUGCCAAAUCAAGAUACGUAGCUACUGCAAAUAUUACAUAUAAAAAAUAUAAGAUUUUCAAAAUGUCGCAUCAGAAAGAAACUGAUUGCAACUAUAAAAACUGUCAAAAGCCGAAUAUUCACAAAUAUUGCAAUGAUAAUACCCAUAAUGAGGAAUUCCACAAACUAGUUAAAAGGUUUGAUGAUCCUGACGAAGCAAGAAAAAGCAAUGACCAUGUAACAGUUCCAAUUUACCAAACAAUUGAUGACGUCCACACUUACGAUACAAAAUUAGAGGAAAUGGAUGAUUGGUCAGAGUGGUCAGAAUCACCUGUAAGAAUGGCAUCAAAAGCAACAAUGACAACAUUAGAAAAAGACCGCAGUAGGCCAUGUAUAAAAAGGCGUCUCUGUGUUUAUUGCAUCGUAGCUCUUGUGCUACUACUUGUGUUUGCUGCAGCUAUUGCAGUUGUAUGCGCAUACAUAGCGGGGAUAAAACAUGGGAAGGAAGCUUGCCAAGUCAGCAAUUCUAUAAAUAAAACAGAUCCACCAUCAUAAUUGACAGAUUGAUGCAUAUACCAAAUGUUGACAUGGAUGUGGGACCUCGGAAGAGGAAUGGUUCUAUUCAUGUUUGGUACCUGGAGCAUAUGCUGUAUACUGUGGAUGAAAUAUUUAUACAGGAGAUGGAAAAAACAACUAGAGAAGACAUUGUUGACACCUUUGAUAUAUGUGUGCAUAUAAUAAUAGUCAAGUGUACAGGGUGAUCAUAGUCAAGUGUACAGGGUGAUCAUAGUCAAGUGUACAGGGUGAUCAUAGUCAAGUGUACAGGGUGAUCCAUAAGUAAUGUCAAAGGUGUUGC